UUGGAACAAACAAAAUGAAAGAAGCCGUCCACUAUCAGACCAGAGACCCUCCUGGGGGUCACACAUUUUUUCCUUUAUCCACUGAAGUUUUCACCACCUUUCUCCUGCUGAAGCGGGCUCAUAGCAUUAAGCAGAAGAGCCCCUUUCUGGCCAGUGCACCUGCCAGCCUACAGAGGAAGCCAGAGAGUUUUAAUCAAGUCCCUCAGCAUGACCCUUUGGCUUCCCCCUCCACCCAGAGCACCAGCAGCAGUGGUUCAGACCCAGAAACCUCCCUGGCUCAACAAGCCCCGCAGCAUGACCCUGUGGCCUCCUCCUCCACCAAGAGCAUCAGCAAAAGUGGUGCCAACCCAGAAACCUCGCUGGCUCAACAAGCCCCUAAGCAUGACCCUGUGGCCUCCCCCUCCACCCAGAGCACCAACAGCAGUGGUGGAGACGCAGAAAUGUCCCAGGCUCAAUAAGCUGCCCAGUAUGACCCUGUGGCCUCCCCCUCUACCCAGAGCAACAGCAAAAGUGGUGCAGACCCAGAAACCUGUGGCUCACCACUUCCCCAGCAUGACCCUGUGACCUCGCCCUCCACCCAGAGCACCAGUAGCCGUGGUGGAGACCCAGAAACAUCCCUGGAUCAACGAGCCCCCCAGCAACACCCUGUGGCCUUCUCCACCCAGAGCACCAGUAGCAGUGGUGGAGACCCAGAAAUGUCCCUGACACAGCAACAACCAUCCCAGGAAGCCAGUGUCAUUCAAGCUGGGCUGCCCAAGGCUUUGACUUCAGCCUUGCCAAUAAGAAGGCUGUGA